GAUAACCAACCAAUCACAGUUCACAUAAUCGCUUCUCUUGCCAGCUUAGAAUAAUAUUAUUAAAACAAGCGAGCGAGUCUGGUUUUAGGAGUAGGUUAUGUUGAAACGACAUAGCAAAGGUGGAGGACGGCUGAGGACGGAGUAAAAACUUUCUCUCUGAUUAACUUUCUGGGAAUGCUCUGUAUUUUGUAUGGCUGAACAGGACAUCGGUUCUCUCAAAGGGGUUGGAUUUUAUCUACCGUUUUCAUAUUAUUUUUUGGAAACUUUUGUCGUUCAUGGACUUACUGUGUACAUACUUUAAUGUCUUAAGCGCUAGAAAGGACGUGGUCGAAGAGCAAAGCAUACCUGUUUAUUAACUUACAACCAUGUCUAUGCUUCCAACGUUUGGCUUUACGCAAGAGCAAGUCGCGUGCGUCUGUGAAGUUCUCCAACAGGGUGGCAAUAUCGAACGUCUCGGGCGCUUUUUAUGGUCUUUACCAGCUUGCGAGCACCUCCACAAAAACGAGAGUGUUCUCAAAGCUAAAGCUGUGGUUGCGUUCCACAGAGGAAACUUCAGAGAGCUUUAUAAGAUUCUCGAAAGCCACCAAUUUUCUCCCCACAACCACCCGAAGCUACAGCAGCUGUGGCUCAAAGCGCACUAUAUUGAGGCGGAGAAGCUCCGGGGCCGUCCUCUCGGGGCUGUGGGAAAGUACCGUGUCCGUAGAAAGUUCCCACUGCCUCGGUCCAUAUGGGACGGCGAAGAGACGAGUUACUGUUUCAAAGAGAAGAGCCGGAGCGUGCUCAGAGAGUGGUACACGCAUAACCCGUACCCUUCCCCGCGAGAAAAAAGAGAGCUUGCAGAAGCCACCGGGUUGACUACAACACAAGUCAGUAACUGGUUCAAAAACAGACGGCAAAGAGACCGCGCUGCAGAGGCCAAGGAAAGGUACGAGGAAAACAACGAGAACAGCAACAGUCACAACCCAUUGACUUCUUCCAUGAAUGGAAAUAAAACUAUUUUGGGGAGCUCGGACGACGACAAAACGCCUUCGGGAACGCCGGAUCACACGUCCUCGAGCCCAGCUAUGCUCCUCACAUCAAACUCGGGAUUGCAGUCGCUGCACGGCCUUGCACCGCCACCGGGACCCAGUGCCAUCCCGGUGCCCAGUGCAGACUCGGUGCACCACCACCACUCUUUGCACGACACUAUACUGAACCCUAUGUCGUCUAACUUGGUGGAUCUGGGCUCCUAAUCAGCGGAGCCUGCUUGGACGGAGACUUUGUAUGUGUACAUGGAUGUGUGAGACACGCUUCAGGCACUUGAGGCGAGGUGUAAAGGCGGAAGGAACGAAUGGACUCUUUAGGGGGCUUCUGUGAUGUGCAGCACGGUGAGACGUGAGAUGGUAGUCCAUAGGAGUUUAGUUGAAAGGUAUUUUACCGGAAUGUAAUAACAUGUUAUAUUGUUGAAAACAAUAAAAUGUCUUAAUUCUUGUUACUAUUAUCGUUAUUAUUUUAGGGGAUAGGCGCGUGUAAACUCAGUCAGGUAGGCAUCCCCACGACCUUUCGUUUACACAGGUUUUCCAAGAGAGCCAAAUUCAGUUUAUUUUGUGUUGUAUGGGGUAUCUUAGUAUAAGUAUCUUGCAUCACAAAAGGCGCCUGUGAACAACUAAAUAUAUUAUUUUAUUAUUUGUAUUUUCAUUUGGAAAACGACUGCAUGUAAACUUUGCGAUUAACAAUAAAACAUAAACAAACGAUCCAACUACAGUUUCAUGUACCUUUACAAUGAAAAACAAACAAGAAAUGCAUUUAUUAACAGGAGAACGUGUGUGAUUUCCCACUAAGUUUAUCCAGCUUUUGUUGCUUUUUGUUUUGAGAAGUGUUAUUUUUUCAAAAGCCUCCCCCGAGAGAUCUUUUUUUAUGGGAUGGACAAUUAAUGGUCUUUGUGGUAAAAAAAAAAAAAAAACUUUGUGAAUCGAACACCCUGAUUAUGAAAACGGUUUGAAAAUAUAAUGUCAACAGGUGCUUAGCUCAUGGCCAGAAUUAUCCAUUUAAAAUCUCUCAGUUUACAGUUUGACUCGCAAUACGCAUUUAAAAGGUCCUGAUAAAUGCUUUCUAAGAUUGUAUAUUAUUAUUGUUGAGUGGCGCUUGCCACGAUGUUGUUUGCAGGAUAUUAUAGACAGUAUAUACGGAUCAAAUUCAGCAGUUUAAAAACUAUGGGUGUAGAGAUAGAUAGGUUACUGUAUAUGCGCUUUAGUUUUCAAGUUGAUGCUGUGAAACAGUAUCAAUGUUUGAAUUGAAGAAGUGACAUUGCAUUAUGAAGCCUUUGGAAAGACUGUUCAUUCAGUGUACAUUACGACAUGUGUUGCAUUUAGACUAUAGCCUUGAACAGUUUAACAUAUCAUUGUGCAUGCAGAAAUGCUUUGCAAUAAUAACUAUAUUCAAAUUACACGUGUCAGGAACCAUGCGCUGUUGUAUUAAAGUCCGUUUUUAACAUGUCCAAUGAUUAGCAUAAUUAUGUUUAUGGCAUAUGAAAGUGUAGGUCUAAGCCUGCUUUUUUUAACUUUAAUUCAAAAACGUUCGUUCACAACUGUCAGAAGCCUGGCAGUUACUAACAAACAAGUUGGUUGAAGUUGGAUGGACUAUCCUUGAUGUUCAGGUGAUGACAUCUAAUCUGUCCUCGCGUCGAUGAUGGAAACAAAAGUACGGCGUUAGCAGAGACAUAAAAUAAAUAACUAAAUACAAAACUAUAACUUGUGUUGAAAGAGGACUCUGUUUGAACAGCUUCAUCACAACUUAACCCAAUAUUUUAUGUUUUCCAAAGGUGUACAGAAUGUUUUUCUUCAAAUGGCUAUGACUUCGCCUCAUUUUCAGGAUGUCAGUAUUUGCAUUGUUUGUACAGUGGCUAUUUGCAGAUAUAAGACCACAACUUGCAAGAUGCUUUUCUGCUUCAUUAGGUCCUGGCCAUGGAAAUGUUCAUGACCUUGUUAUUUGUUAUGAUGUAACUGCUAAUAUAAUAUAACAUACAUUUCUUAAACACUUAACCAAAAUGAUACUGAAGUAACUAAAGUACAAACAUAUACUAAAAGUAGCUGAUGGAAUAUUGAAUAUCAGAGACUAGUUGUGCAUGAUCACCCAUGCUCUUGUGUUCACAUGUUUGUAUUAAUCGUAUUAUUUAAAUAAGCCUACAUAAACAAAACAGUUUGAAGAUGAAUUCUUCAAAGUUAUUCUCGUUGAACAGGUUUAAGAUCAAAGAUUAGACUGUAACAAAACAAAUAGACCUAUUGAAAUUCUCGAGAAGAGCAAGGUGGUCAUUAAAUUCUGUGUUUCUCCUGCUGAGCAAUGCUGAUGUUUUACCAGCGCGUGAGUGCAGCACAUGUUCUUGGAAAGGGGUGGGGAAUGCUGUUAAACUUUUGGGCUAAAGAUGUUAGGGAAAUCUGCCGGCCAAAGCUGGGCUAACAAGACUCCCACUGGGUAUAAAUGCUGCGCAUUGUAGAUAUUUAGUUGGAAUCUUAGUUUACGGAAAAGGGACUCUUAUUCGGCAACCAUACGAAAACCAAUGGAAUCUGAAUAAAAAGAAUACACUUUAUACAUAAACAAAGGCCCUUUUAAAUGACAUGAAUUAGAUAUAGGCCAAUCCAUAUAAAACAAUAACUAGGCUAAACUUAAUCUGAAAACCGAAGAAUUUCCAAGUAUAACGGGACCAAAGUGACAUGACAAAUACUAUUAGCCUCCAGCGUGCAUCGUUUGAUCAAUGUCAUCGCUGUGGUUUAUAAACAUCUCAGGUCAGGACAGUGCUUAAAAACAGUCAUGCUGGCAAAUAAACUAUCCCUCUGCUUCAAUACUGCUCAGGAAUUUGUCGGAUGAAUACGCUACAAUAAAAUACAGUGCAGCCUAUAUGCUGUUGAGCCUGUUGCAAAUGUGAACAAAUCAAUCAUAGAUUAAAACUGUAGUUAUUUGGCAAAUAGCAAUACCUUGAGUUGAAGGCAAAAUGCUUGAUGCGCGCAUCACUUCACGCACGUGGACAUGCUUUACGCACGCAAUUGUCCAUGACACAUUGUCGAUUGUCAAUGUGUCCUGUUUCAGAAUUUCAGAGUUUCAGUUAUUUGCCGUUCUACGUAAGCCUACUUAGACAACUGGUCAUCUUUAUGCUACCAUAUUGUUGGCUACCCGACACACAUAGUUUUUCUUAAAGGCAUGUAUCAACUCCAGUUUGCAUAUGUUUCU